GUGGCCGCUGGUCCGAGAGAGACGGGGCUAAGACUGGGUGGUGGAAACGCUGACGGUCUAGCUCGGCUUUACCGCCGCAUUCUCGAGCGUUCGUCUCUUCGUACGGCAGCCAGACGGUCGAGCGGGUCGAGCGUACGUCUCGUCGUGUCGAGAGAGAGAGACAGAGACAGAGAAAGAUCCGUGUUAAUUUCACGCGUUUGUACCUCGUGUAUCGCUCGUUGCCAAAAAAAAAACAAAAAACAAAAAAGAAGAAAGGAAAGAAAUUAGGAAGAGCGAUUACGAUAAAUUGCGGAGACAGCGGUCGUUGUCGUGGUCGCGUGUGCGGUGCCUCGCGUUUAGCGGUGCCUCGCCGCGCCGCUUCCUUUCCCGGGUGCGAGACAGUGCGAGGAUUCGUGUACGCGCGCGAGUUUCUUCCCCCGGGGGAGUGAAGUGACGCCGUGGAUUCCCGCCAUCGUUGACGGCGCCAUCGCGGAGAGAGCUUGGGUCGUUCGCUCCGGGCUGUCCGUCCGUCGCGUAGGCGUAGUGCGCGCGGUGCGGCCGAGUCGGGCGUCGUCAGGCGUCGCUACGCGUUCGUCCUCUCGCGGCUCAUGUGCUCGCGAGCCGCGCCGACGGAGUGCGCGCGAGACGGGAGGUGCAGGUUGACGUUAUCGUUGUUGCCUUCGUCGUUACUCCGAGCGGCGGUUAUUGUUUCUCGGACGAGUGGUGCGCGCGGUCGAAGCCGAUUCUCUUUUCGCGGAGCGGAGUGAUUCGAGAAAGAGAGCGUCAUUUGUUAUGGGAAAAAAAUCUUCUCGAGAGCGCAGAGACCAAUUAACGGAGGAAUAGAGAGAGAGAGAGAGAGAGAGAGAGAGAGAGAGAGAGAGAGAGAGUUCACCAUAUUUCUCAAAACGGUACAUAAGUGAGAUAGAAUAAAAUAAUGUGAGAGAUACACGUAGCUGGAAAGAGAGGAAUUAAACGCGUCGUGUACACGUAUGCAUAAGAUAUACAAGUGUGCAUGUGUGUGUGUUUGUGUUGUGUGCUCCUCACAGGCGUAUAGCGAAGAGCGGGAGAGGUGGUGGACAAAGCAGACGAUUAAACGUGGGGGAUAAUACUCCCGAUACAGCUCGCGGUUAAACGAGAUAAAGAGCCCUCGGGAGAUAAUACGCGCCGCGAGACAAACAGUGGAUUGUGAAGUGAUAAUUCACCGAGCGCGACACAGUGGACGAUUAACACCCCCCACCCCCACCCACCGACCCCCCCGCGGUUCCCCUUCUCAGCUCAGCAGGCCGCCGUUGUCGCGGUCAAACAACAGGCAGAUCCUCGCUGGCAAGAUGAUGGGCAAACGGACGCAGUGUUAUCUGUGCGAUCUGCCCAGGAUGCCAUGGGCGAUGAUCAUGGACUUCUCGGAGCCGGUUUGCCGCGGCUGCGUGAAUUACGAGGGCGCCGACCGCAUCGACCUGGUCCUCGAGUCGGCGAAGCAGCUGAAGAAGGCCCACGGGUUCCAGGACGCCCGGCCGUCCGCCUCCAAGACUUACCGUACCGGCGGCGGUCACACCGAGCACAACGGCGGGACGAAUCUGGACGUGCUGCCGAUCCAGAACACGCCGCAGGGCAGUCACACGCGUCAUCACAACAUCGCCGGCUACUCGCAGCUACACCACCGUAACUCCAUCACGGAGUUCACGUCGGGCACAGCGGCGGCGGCGGCGGCCGCCGCCGCCUCGCCGACCUCGCACCUCGUGCCAAUCGCCAACAGCAUAAGGAACAAUCCACCACGUUUGUCCAACGCCCAUCUGGCCGCGGUGGCCGCGCAUCAGAUGACCCUGCACAAUCGCGGCAUGACCCAGCUGAAACGCGGCAUCUCGGCGAUCGACGAGGACGAGCACGCCGAGAAACGGCUGUCCCUGGAGGAGCAGCAUCCGGUUAGGCCGCCGCUGACCCGCGGGGACUCCCUCCCGGCGGUGAGCCUGGCCGUCAGCUACGUGGACCGGAACAAAGAGAAGCAUCCGGUGAGGGCGCCCAGCUUCGAGACAGCGACCACCUUCAAGGCCAACGGUGCAUACGUUGGGCCAUCCAUACCGUUGGCACCUGCCAAUGUCGCGGCCAACGGUGGAGGAUCGCCUCUUCGUCCAAGAACGAGUCCUCCACCACCGCCACCUCCUAGCCAGGAAGGCGCCAACGAUAAUUCACAAUCGAAUCAUCAUCAGGGCACAGCGAAUGGUCCGUCACCAAUGGCCGCUCUGAUGUCAGUCGCUGACAAUCUAACAUCGCCUGAGCCGGUACCACAGCCGCCGAACAAUCCCAGUCCUACCAGCAGAAGUCCGCCGACUACGGCCACGAACGCUCAGCAACGCAGUGCUUCUAGAGGUUCUCAGCACAGUCCAAACAGUUCAGGUUCAUCGGGUAGACGGUCCAGUAGUUCAAGGCAGGUGUCAUCCACGACCGUGACGACAUCUUCUGAGGGCGCGGCUGCUCAACCGACUACCGGUGCCGAAACGGUCCCCGCACCGACUCUCAAAUGUACUCUGUGCCAGGAACGCCUGGAAGACACGCACUUCGUGCAGUGUCCUAGCGUACCGCAUCACAAGUUCUGCUUCCCAUGCAGUCGAGACAGCAUAAAGAGACAGGGUGCCGGUUCAGAGGUUUAUUGUCCAAGUGGUGAGAAGUGCCCGCUGGCGAACAGUCAGGUACCGUGGGCCUUCAUGCAGGGUGAGAUAGCUACCAUAUUGGGCGAGGAUUCUUCAGGCACUGGGCUGAAAGUCAAGAAGGAAAGAGAAUCUUAAAGACCCUCUUUCAAUGUCGAAUCAGGGCUCAAAUUUUCUGUUCCUCUUCGUACGUAGAGGGGCUGUUAUAUGGUUGGAACCGUGAAGGGUUUCACCGCAAGCUUUUGGUAACGGUGAUAAAGACUCGUUGGCGACACACGGAAAAGCCAACGAACGAUUCGAGCCAAAGACGUUGUCUGGUGCGAUGCGGAUUCUUACGAAGUUGUUAAUGUCAGGGGAAAUACUAUACGGGAGGGGAGGGGAAACGAAAGAAAGGAUGGGUAAGGUUGGGGGGGGGAGGGAAAGUGGACGAUUUGAUUUUAUUCGAAACCGCUAGUUGAUGACGCGUUUUGGUAAUGUGAUCGGUCUCGUACGGCAUUUUAUCUUUUGCGACCGGUUUUGAGAAGAAGUCUUUGGCAACUCGCAUAUUGGCGGUCGAUAGUUCUGCUGCACACAUGUACAUAUGAAUUUCGUAGAGAUCGGUUGAAUCAACACGACGGAAGCAGCGUAUUAUUUUUCGCGGAUUAGAGGAGCAGUGCGCGACGUUGGGAUCGCGACGAUGAUGCUGAUGAUAAUUUGUUGCCCGGUUGGGUUUGUACUUAGGCUCGAUAUGCCUUUCUUCAUUGUCUCUUGUAUCGCGAGCAUAAUUGCUCGCGUUAUUUUACACACACUUAGACACACACAGACAUUACAGACAUAUACAGACGUACACAGAAACUUACACACAGACAAUUAUAUACUGAACCGCAUACACAACAACACAUUUCACGCACACUUCGAAACGGAAACUUGACUUAGUAUUGCGAAACGCACGCGACCGCAAUGUACUUUUAUUUUUUUUUUCGCGCGCGUCCAAUCGGAUGAUUCGUGAAUUCAAUCAGGAGACACGGUCGUGUCUCAGCGCUAAGAGGAAGUGUAGCGAUAGCGCGAGACCAUUACCGUGUCUCUUUAUUAAUGACUAACGCGAGAGACAAGUAUUGUCUCCGCGGCUAUCGCCGCCCCCUUUUUCUAUUCUUUCGUUUGUAUACUCUUUCUACCUAUACUCUUCACUCGUUGUAUUAUAUAACAAACAUACGGCGAACACAUAUUCGGACCCAGCGCACGGGUUUUCUGUACAUUAUGUAUAUGUGUACAUACCUACAUUAUUAAUA